UAAAACAUUAUUUUAUUGAGUGUAUUGAUGCUAAACGCAGUAGAGUUCUUCAUUCUGGCUGGAAAGAGGUGUGAAAGUAGAGCUCCGCUGUAGUAACCAGGCUCCUGCAGUCAUGUUGGCCGAGCCGUGCGCGCUGAGAGUCGGUGUGCUGUGCGCGCUCUUGUGCGCGCUCCUGUGUGUGCCUGUGGAUGGGGAUCUGGAUCCGGUGCGUCCGGAGUCUGCGAUGCUGAAGCCGCGGGUGAUGAUCGCGGUGUUGGCUCGGAACUCUGCUCACAGCCUGCCGCACUUCUUGGGCUGCAUCGACCGCCUGGAGUACCCCAAAGAGCGCAUGGCCAUAUGGGCAGCGACAGAUCACAACUUGGACAACACCACAGCCAUGCUGAAAGAGUGGAUGAAAUCAGCUCAGAGACGAUAUCACUAUGUGGAGUGGAGACCAAUGGAACAGCCGCACUCUUACACAGACGAGUGGGGGCCCAAACAUUGGCCCCUGUCCCGAUUCAACCACCUGCUGAAGCUCAGACAGGCCGCUCUGGAGGCAGCACGCCACCGAUGGGCCGACUACAUCUUGUUUGUGGACAGUGAUAAUCUUCUGACUAACCCGCGGAUGUUGGACCUCCUGAUAGCGGAGAAUCGGACUCUGGUGGCACCCAUGCUGGAAUCACGUUCACUCUACUCUAACUUCUGGUGUGGCAUCACUCCUCAGGGUUACUAUAAGCGCACCCCAGAUUAUCAGCCCAUCCGUGAGUGGAGGCGUCUGGGCUGCUUCCCUGUUCCCAUGAUUCACUCCACUUUCCUGCUGGAUUUGAGACGCAGCUCCUCUCGUGCGCUGGCGUUCCACCCUCCACAUCCAGACUACAGCUGGGCCUUUGAUGAUAUCAUGGUGUUUGCCUUUUCUGCUCGUGAAGCAGGUAUACAGAUGUUUGUGUGUAACAAAGAGCACUAUGGUUUCCUACCCAUUCCACUAAAGGCCCAUCAGAGUGUAGAGGAUGAAGAGGAAAGUUUCACACACACCAUCACUGAGGCUCUCAUCGAUCACCACAUUGAACCUUCAGAGUUUGUGUUCGUUCCUCCAAAACCUCAGGAGAAGAUGGGGUUUGAUGAGAUCUUCCUGAUUAAUUUGAAGAGGAGGAGGGACCGGAGGGAGCGGAUGUUGAGCUCUCUUGCUGCUCUGGGUGUGGAGGUCACUAUCACUAAUGCUGUGGAUGGCAAGGCUCUGAACUCAUCUCAGCUGCAGGCAUUAGGGAUUGAGAUGAUGCCAGAUUAUAAAGAUCCUUAUUCAGGCAGGGUGCUGACUAGAGGAGAGAUCGGCUGCUUCCUCAGCCACCACUCUAUAUGGAUGCAGAUGGUGCAGCGGGGUCUGCAGCGUGUGUUAGUUCUGGAGGAUGAUGUGAGAUUAGAGCCCAGGUUUAAGAGGAGGAUGCAAACUAUCAUGGAGGAUGUGGAGAAGGUUCAGCUGGACUGGGACCUCAUCUAUGUGGGGCGUAAGCGGAUGCAGGUGGCACAACCUGAGCUCUCUGUGGAUGGAGUGAAUAACCUGGUGGAGGCUGAUUACUCCUACUGGACACUGGCGUAUGCUCUCUCUCUGAACGGAGCCAACAAACUGCUCUCAGCUCAACCCUUCAGCCGCAUGCUGCCUGUGGACGAGUUCCUGCCCAUCAUGUUUAACAAACACCCCAACACAGCCUACAUGUCCCACUUUGAGCCGAGGGAUCUGCGAGCGUUCUCUGUAGAGCCGUUGCUGGUUUACCCGACGCACUACACGGGCGAGCCGGGUUACUUCAGUGACACCGAGACAUCCACCAUAUGGGACGACGAGGCCAUCAGUACAGACUGGGACCGAUCCCACGCUCAGAAAACUGCCCAGCAGGGCAACAUUCGCCCCAUCGCUCAGAACAGCGUGACUGGAGAAACACCACCCCCUGCUGCCCGAGCAUCACGAGACGAACUGUGAAAAGACUUUAGCAAUAAACUGACUGUACACUGAAAUGCGUACAGAAGUAAGUCAAGAACUAGACUUUAGAGUUUAAAGAUGUUUUAACACUCAUCUAAAGUUCUUCAUCAGCUCAAUGGAGUAGAAUAAAACUGCAUGUUUAGUGCAAACUGAAUCAAAGCAGCUCCACUAACAUUACAGGUAGAAGAAGGAGGAAAACCUGUGAGGAACCAAGAUUAAGAACGUGCAGAAUAUUAUUUAUUUGUCAUCAUUUUUUUUUUCAGUUUCUCUGGUGUGUAAAUAGAUGGA